AUUCGGUAGAAGCAUGAGUGAGAGAGAAACCCUGAAAAGUGAAUUAAUAAUCAUAAUGGUGUAUUAACAAUUUAAGUAUGCCGGCGUAUGCUUCUGGUUAAAGUGAAAUUUGAUGGAGAUACCAGAGGUGGAAGCGUAGGGUUCUCUCACUUUUCCCCUUUUUGCUAUUUUUUCUCUGUUCUUUUCUUUUUUCAUCAUUAAAUCUCUUGAUUUUCCACCAAACACAUAAACAUUUCAAAAUCCCAUUUUCAAUGAUUUACAUGAAUCAAUCACUUUUCCCAAAAUUGUGAAAAAAUUUCAUCAUUUUUAUUGUGCAUUUAACCCUAAAUUGAGAAUUGGAUAUCCAAAAUUUGAUACCCUUGAUUUGUUUUUGAUUAAUUUAGAUAGAAAUUAAGAUGUGAUUGAUUCAGUAAUGAUAAGAAAGCAAAUCUUGCAAUCAAUGGCUUCUAUAGGCAAAGAAUUUGGUGUGUUGUUUAAAAACGACACAGUUUCAUCUUCUUUACCCAAAAAAAUCUCUACUUCAAACCAUUUUCAUAGCUCAAGAAUCAAUCUUGCUCAUAAUAUUGGGUUAAAUUCAAAGGGUUGUGCUGAUUUCCGGGAUAAAGUUCCUAAUUUGAAGAGUGAAGAUGUUAAUCAUAAAACUAGGGCAUUUACUCUUUCUCAGCAACCAUUUUCAAAUUUGGAGGUUCUUCAUUUGCAAUCAGGUAAAAGCAGUAAUGGGGUUUUGAAUGUUAAUGGUGGAGUUCAUCAAAGAGGAGGAGGUUCUACUGGUUUUUCUGAUGGUAGUUCAUUGCCUGAGAAGAUUGUUGUUGCUGUUGAUGUUGAUGAGGUGCUUGGAAACUUUGUAUCAGCUCUAAACAGGUUUAUUGCGGACCGUUAUUCUUCAGUUCAUUCAGUGUCUGAGUAUCAUAUUUACGAGUUCUACAAGAUUUGGGAAUGUUCUCGUGAUGAAGCUGAUAUCCGUGUUCAUGAGUUCUUCAAGACAUCUUAUUUCAAAAACGGAAUCUACCCGAUCCCAGGAGCUCAUAAGGCUCUCAGCAAGUUAUCAAGAUUUUGCAGUCUGUCGGUUGUCACGUCCCGUCAAAAUGUCAUCAAAGAUCACACAAUUGAAUGGCUUGACAAGCACUAUCCUGAAAUGUUUGACGAGAUUCACUUUGGUAAUCACUUUUCUCUAGAAGGAAUAUCAAAACCGAAAUCCGAAAUCUGCAGGUCACUGGGAGCAAAGGUGUUGAUUGACGAUAAUCCAAGAUAUGCAUUAGAAUGUGCAGAAGUCGGUAUAAGAGUGCUACUUUUCGAUUAUCAGAACUCUUACCCUUGGUGCAAAACGGGAUCCAAUAAUCAACAUCCCCUUGUGACUAAAGUUCACGACUGGGAAGAAGUGGAACGUCAAUUAGUAUCUUGGAUGUUUUCAUUGCAUCUAUAGCGUAGCACUAGCAUAUCAAUUUAUCGAGUUUAGUUUCUUUCAUCCUAAAUGAGAAGGUACACGGGAUUCAGAAAGGAAUGAUAAGUAGUUCAUAGGUUUCUAGGCAGCCCAUUCGAUAAUUCAAGCAUGUAAUCAUCGUUCUUUCGUUUUGCCAUUUUACGCCAAAAUUAAGGGUGUCUACUGAAUGGAAAUUUAGAUGAAAUAUCAGCCUCUUAUAAUGAGAAUAAGAAAGUUUCUCUCUUUUA